AUGUCGCGCGCAAAUCAGUGGUUUGUGCCAGGCGAUGGCAUCGCGAGAGAAGUCAUCACCGCCGACAUCCAGCGCUACCUGGGCCCAGAUGCGCUUGUCAGGCCCGGCACAGGCACCGGAGAGUACCAGGGCCAGCCAGGCUACUGGAUAACCGCGUACCGCACUCUCACUUCGGUAGGUUGA